AGUUAAGAGAGAGAGAGAGAGAGAGUGAGAGAGACAGAGAGCGAGAGAGGGGUUUUGGGCUUGGGGAGAAGAGGCAGCAGAGUUAUUACGAAACAAAGGUUGACGAUGGAUUCAUCACAGCCGUUGAAUCUCCUUUUCAACUCCAAGCCUAGCCGUUCAUAUGUUUGACUUUCUUCUCCUCCUCCCUCGUACGGCGGUGAUCUCUCUGAGACUCUGAUCUCCGAUUUCAGGUUUAAAGCGGCAUCACUAUGCGAUCCCUGGAAUUCUUUUUCCAUUUUCUCGGCAACCAAACAGACUGAGAAAGAAAUUAGUAGCAAAAAAAAGUUAGAUUUUGGUUCUUCCGAAUGAUUCAGCAGUAUUAGAUGGGGUCCCCAAUGUAGCGACACGGCUACAUUUCUCUUCUCUUGUUUACUAUGUAAGCAGAUUUUGGGGGGGGGAAAUUUGCAUAAUGAUAGGUUAGUUGAUGAUUGUUUGACAGCCACGUUUCUCUUCCAUUCGUCGGUGUCAAGGAUUGAGUUUGGCAUCUGCUUGAGAGAGGAGAGUUUGUAUGCUGCUGUCACAUUUUAUUACCAAGCUUGUGAGUUACGGGACUUCUUCAUCCCCAUGUCUCAUAAGUUGGAUGGUCUUGUUCAUACUCAGAUGGCUGUUGCAGUUUCUAGUGGCUCAAGCAAUUGUGAGUGCUAUGGGAACGUUAGAGGAACACCUGCUAGGAGGAGAAGGCGUGUCUUUGUGCAGACUGAGACUGGCUGUGUCUUGGGAAUGGAUCUGGAUAGGAGUGAUAAUGCCCAUACUGUGAAAAGAAGGUUGCAGCUUGCCCUCAAUGUUCCUACUGAUGAGAGAUCUUUGACAUUUGGGGAUGUCAUAUUAAAGAAUGACCUCAGUGCCAUUCAGAAUGAUUCCCAACUUCUUCUAACUAAGAAUGUCAUGCACAGAAGCUUAUCAACUCCUUGUCUCUCACCAACUGGAAGAAAUCUCCAACAGCGAGAUCAGAGUGGUCCUAUUGAGAUAUUAGGGUGUUCAAGUCACUGUGCUAGAACUAAGGAACUGGUUAAGGUCAUUAUGAAAGCGAUCAAGAAUGGUGUUGAUCCAAUCCCUGUUCAUGGUGGGCUUGGUGGUGCUUAUUAUUUUAGAAAUAGCAGAGCUGAGUGUGUUGCCAUUGUUAAGCCGACAGAUGAGGAGCCUUUUGCACCAAACAACCCAAAGGGAUUUGUCGGAAAAGCUCUUGGCCAACCUGGCCUGAAACCUUCAGUGCGGGUUGGGGAAACAGGAUUUCGAGAAGUUGCAGCCUACCUUUUGGAUUAUGAUCAAUUUGCCAAUGUACCUCCAACUGUUCUUGUAAAGGUUACACACUCAAUCUUUAAUGUGAAUGAUGAUGUGAAUGGAAACAACUUUCAGAGUAGGAAAAAUGUUAGCAAGAUUGCAUCUCUCCAGCAAUUCAUUCCUCACGAUUUUGAUGCCAGUGACCAUGGACCCUCAAGCUUUCCUGUUGCCACUGUACAUAGAAUAGGGAUAUUAGAUGUUAGGAUCUUUAACACUGACAGGCAUGCGGGAAAUCUUUUGGUUCAAAAGCAUAAUAGGGUUGGGGGGUUGUGUCAGAUGGAACUCAUUCCAAUUGAUCAUGGCCUUUGCUUGCCAGAGAGCUUGGAGGACCCAUAUUUUGAGUGGAUUCAUUGGCCUCAAGCAUCUAUUCCUUUCUCUGAGGACGAGCUAGAGUAUAUUAAGAACCUUGAUCCAGUUUGUGAUUCUGACAUGCUACGGAAAGAGCUGCCCAUGAUUCGGGAGGCUUGCCUGCGGGUCCUGGUUCUCUGCACAAUAUUCCUUAAGGAAGCAGCAUCUUUCGGACUGUGUCUUUCUGAGAUUGGUGAGAUGAUGAGCAGGGAGUUUAGCCGGCAGGAGGAGCAGCCAAGUGAGCUUGAGGUCGUAUGCAUUGAGGCAAAGAGGAUGAUAGCAAACAGUGAUAUGUCAGUCUUUGAGGCCAAAAGUGGAGAAGAUUACAUGUUUGAUAUAGAUACUGAGGAUCUGGAGGGUGACCUUUUCCCUCAAAUGUCAAUGGAUUUCUUGAACAAAGGUUUAUUCUGUUCAGGGUCCAGAGGUGCAAGUGGUCAUUACCCGCUCUCUAAGCUAGAUGAGAAUUUUGGAGAGAUUGAAGUAGAUGUCACCGACUGGCCAAACCAGGAUUUGUUUCAAAUUACUCCAAAGUCUUCCAAGUCUCCGAAAAAAACUGACUUGGUUGGUGGAAGAAGCCAUCGACUCCAAAGUGGAGCAGGUACUGUGUCUGGAAUCAGAAGUAGUGCAAAUGAGCAGCUGCCCAACACAACAAGCUUUGUGAAGCUUGCUGAUAUGAGCAAAGAGGAAUGGAUUCUUUUUCUUGAAAAGUUCAAGGAACUUCUUUACCCUGCCUUUGCAAACCACAGGUCCAGCUCCACUGGGCAGAUACAGAGACAGAGGCUUGGGACUUCAUGCCAGUUUUGAGACAGAUUGACUACCUGUUAAUGUAACAUACAAAUCUUCCAAGAAGAAUAAAGGUUUUUAGGUAUAGUGGGUGAUGGGGAUUUGUAAGUUCCACAAUGUUACUUCCUCUAAGAAAUAUUCUAUAGUUAGUACAAGUAGCCUGAGCUGUAGAUAUUCUUAGUCACAGAGGUUUCAUUUACGUCGGUAAUUAGCCUAGUGAAGAAAAUGAGAUAGCCUACAUCAAUUACUUUCUUUUAUUUCAAGUAUAUUGUUGUUUUCCCAUAUCUUCUCCAUGUGGACUGUCUGGAGUUUUGGAGAAAUAGUGUGUUAUGGUGGUGAGAAAAAGAGCUGUAAAAGGAGACAAGGAAAGAAAGAGUAGUGUGUACAUUUUGUUUUCAAUAGAGUUACAAAAUUUAACGCCA